UGAUGACGUUCUUUUUUCUCGCUCUUGUGUGUCAAUAUCGUGAUAAAAAAAUUUUCACUACUUGUAAUUUUUACUUAAUUAAAAGCGAUAAAAAAGUUAUAUAUUUUUUAAUUUAAUUAUCUUAAUUAUAUGGAAAAUGACUUUCCGUACGCAGUUAACAGAAUGAGGAAAAUGUAUUGAAUUAUUUUGUGAACGUUAACAAGAAAAGAGAAAAAAGAAAUAUACUAAACGGUGGUGUUGUGGUUUUUUGUGUGUGUGAGAGUUGUGUUGUGCCAGUCAUAUUGACACAUCAACCCAAACGACGACGAAAGCCCCAAUUUUUCGAUUGAAUUUCACAUGCAAAGACCUUGAUGCAUAAUGCAAAGUUUUUCCACAAAAACUAAAGAAAUGUUUAUAGUGCGUGCUUUAGAGAAAAUCCUUGCCGAUAAGGACAUUAAACGUUCCCAGAAUUCACAAUUAAAGAAAUCAUGCGACACAGCUUUGGAACAAAUCAAAGCUGAACUAAUCAAUGCUGGUCAAAUAGCAGAAGGUAAUGAGCUCCCCUGUGCUGCACUGCCACUGCCGAAAAAUGAUGCAGCCAGUAUUAUAAAUGCGGAGACGUAUUUUCUGCCAUUUGAGUUGGCCUGCAAAAGUCGUUCACCCCGUAUUGUGGUGACAGCUUUGGAUUGCUUGGAGAAGUUAAUAGCAUAUGGCCACUUAACCGGAGCCAUUCAGGAUUCUUCGAGUCCGGGACAUUUGCUAAUUGAUCGCAUUGUUAAUACCAUAUGCGGGUGCUUUAACGGGCCUCAGACAGACGAAUGCGUUCAAUUGCAAAUUAUAAAAGCUCUGCUCACUGUGGUCACCUCACAGCAUGUGGAGAUUCAUGAGGGGACGGUAUUGCAAGCUGUACGCACUUGUUAUGAUAUUUAUUUGUCCAGUAAAAAUCUGGUCAAUCAGACAACAGCCUGUGCUACCCUGACACAAAUGUUGGAUGUGAUAUUUUCACGUAUGGAAAAUCAAGUAUAUGAGGUGGCAGCUCAAGCUGCCCAAGCUGCGGCCGCCGCUAAUAAUGGCAAUACUGAUGCAAACACUUCACAAGCUUCAGAGGCAAGUGUAAGUGUUAAGAGUGUCAGUGGUACCGAGGAGGAAACACCCGAAUCUGUGGCAGCUGCUGUUGUAGAGGAAAUAUUAAAUGCCGCUAUAAAUGAAGUUCUCAAAGAAACUUCUCCCGAAAUUGUCAUAAACGAUGAAGAACAAACAGCUGCUAAUAAUAGCAAUAGCACCAAUAAUAACAGCACCAAUAACAUAUCCACUACGGGUUCUGAAGGCAAUGCAAAUCAUGCAUCAUCCGAAAAUAAUCUGCAUCUCAACUCAGAAGAAAGUGCUGAAAUGCAUAGUGAAAAUGAUGCUGUAGUUACAGCUAAAUUUACACAUGUCCUACAAAAAGAUGCCUUUUUAGUGUUUCGUGCUUUAUGUAAAUUGUCCAUGAAGCCAUUACCAGAAGGACAUCCCGAUCCCAAAUCACACGAAUUAAGAUCGAAGGUAUUAUCUUUACGUUUGCUGUUGUCUAUCUUACAAAAUGCUGGUCCAGUUUUUCGUUCUAAUGAAAUGUUCAUCAUGGCCAUUAAACAGUAUUUAUGUGUAGCCUUGUCUAAAAAUGGUGUAAGUUUGGUGCCGGAAGUAUUUGAGUUAUCGCUGUCAAUAUUUGUGGCCUUGUUGUCCAACUUUAAAAUACAUUUGAAAAAGCAGAUUGAAGUAUUUUUCAAAGAGAUUUUCUUAAAUAUUUUGGAGGCUACCUCCAGUUCUUUUGAACACAAAUGGAUGGUCAUACAGGCUUUGACUCGUAUAUGUGCUGAUGCCCAAUCGGUGGUGGAUAUAUAUGUAAAUUAUGAUUGUGAUUUUCAAGCGGCAAAUCUCUUUGAACGCCUGGUAAAUGAUUUAUCGAAAAUUGCUCAAGGCAGACAAGCCCUAGAGUUGGGUGCUAAUCCUAUGGAAGAGAAAUCUAUGCGUAUAAGAGGUUUGGAAUGUUUAGUUUCUAUACUUAAAUGCAUGGUAGAAUGGAGUCAAGAUUUGUAUGUUAAUCCAAAUAUGCCCUCUUUAAAUGCCCAUGAGGGUACAGCUCAUAAUCGUUCAGCCAACUCAGCUGAUUUACAAUCACCCACUGACAACACAGAUGCUAUAUCACAAACUAAUACCAUAGGUGUACGCUCUACCCAUGGUGGCUCCAGCCAUAGUUUAAAUUCCUAUGGCAGUGUUAAAAACACAGAAGUUCUUGAUUUGCCAGAAGCUUUGGAAGAAAGAAAAAUGCGCAAGGAGGUCAUGGAGGCGGGUAUAGAAAUUUUCAAUCGUAAACCCAAAAAGGGAGUACAAUUUCUGCAAGAAAAACAGUUACUGGGUUCUACACCCAAGGAUAUUGCCAAAUGGCUGCAUGAGGAUGAACGUUUAGACAAAACUAUUAUAGGCAAUUAUAUCGGAGAGAAUGAUGAUCAUUCGAAGGAAGUUAUGUGUGCCUAUAUAGAUGCUUUUGAGUUUCAUAAUCUUGAGGUGGUUUCUGCAUUACGUAUGCUUUUGGAGGAAUUCCGUUUGCCGGGAGAGGCACAAAAGAUUGAUCGUCUUAUGGAGAAAUUUGCCAGUCGUUAUUGUGAAUGUAAUCCCAAUAAUCCUCUAUUCCAAAGUGCUGACACUGUUUACGUUUUGGCCUUUUCCAUUAUAAUGUUGACUACCGAUUUACAUUCGCCCCAGGUGAAAAAUAAAAUGACUAAAGAGCAAUAUAUUAAACUUAAUCAAGGUGUUAGUGAUAGUCGUGAUGAUCUUCCCGUUGAUUAUUUGUCUUCAAUUUAUGAUGAAAUUGCUGGACAUGAAAUUAAAAUGAAAAAUACGGUGGUUAAUAAGCCAGGCAAACAAAUUAUUGCCAAUGAAAAAAGACGUAAGCUUUUGUGGAAUAUGGAAAUGGAAGCCAUAUCGACGGCAGCCAAAAAUCUUAUGGAAUCUGUUUCUCAUGUUAAGUCACCGUUCACUUCGGCCAAACAUUUAGAGCAUGUACGUCCCAUGUUUAAAAUGGCAUGGACACCCUUCUUGGCGGCCUUUUCAGUGGGUCUGCAGGACUGUGAUGAUCCUGAAAUAGCUUGUCUUUGCUUGGAUGGUAUACGCUGUGCCAUACGUAUUGCUUGCAUUUUCCACAUGACUUUAGAACGUGAUGCUUAUGUACAGGCCUUGGCCAGAUUUACACUGCUCACCGCUAACUCGCCCAUCAAUGAAAUGAAAGCUAAAAAUAUUGAUACCAUUAAAACGCUUAUAAUGGUUGCACACACCGAUGGCAAUUAUUUAGGUUCCAGUUGGUUGGAUAUCGUCAAAUGCAUUAGUCAGUUAGAAUUGGCGCAAUUAAUUGGCACGGGCGUGCGUCCAAAAUUCUUAUCUGGUGCUCAGACUACUCUUAAGGAUUCACUAAAUCCCAGUGUUAAGGAGCAUAUUGGCCAGACAAGCAGCCAAAGUGUUGUGGUCGCAGUGGAUCGUAUUUUUACCGGUUCUAUACGCUUGGAUGGUGAUGCUAUUGUUGAUUUUGUAAAGGCCUUGUGUCAGGUCUCUAUCGAAGAAUUACACAAUACCCAGCCACGCAUGUUUUCGUUACAGAAAAUUGUGGAAAUUUCUUACUACAAUAUGGAACGUAUUCGUUUGCAAUGGUCUCGUAUUUGGCAGGUUUUAGGUGAACACUUUAAUACGGUCGGUUGCAAUACCAAUGAGGAAAUUUCAUUCUUUGCCUUGGAUUCGUUGCGUCAAUUGUCGAUGAAAUUUAUGGAAAAGGGUGAAUUUGCAAAUUUCCGUUUUCAAAAGGAUUUCUUACGACCAUUUGAGCAUAUAAUGAAAAAGAAUCAAUCACCUGCCAUACGCGAUAUGGUUGUGCGUUGUGUAGCGCAAAUGGUUAAUUCACAAGCUCGCAAUAUCAAGUCUGGUUGGAAGAAUAUAUUCUCCAUUUUUCACUUGGCAGCAGGUGACCACGAGGAAGCUAUAGUUGAGUUGGCUUUCCAAACCACCGGGAAAAUCAUAGGAGAGUUGUAUCAAAAACAAUUUGCUGUUAUGGUAGAUUCCUUUCAGGAUGCUGUCAAAUGUUUAUCGGAAUUUGCCUGCAAUGCUCGUUUUCCCGAUACCAGUAUGGAGGCUAUACGUUUGGUAAGAACAUGUGCUCUGUGUGUACAUGAAUCACCCCAAUUAUUUGCCGAACAUGCUGGCAUGGAGAAUGAUAUAUCGGUGGCAGAAGAAGAUCGCGUUUGGGUUAGAGGCUGGUUCCCCAUGUUGUUUUCGCUGUCCUGUGUAGUGAAUCGUUGUAAAUUAGAUGUGAGAACCCGUGGUCUGACAGUUCUCUUUGAGAUUGUUAAAACUCAUGGUGACAGCUUUAAACCUAAUUGGUGGAAAGAUUUAUUCAAUGUAAUUUUCCGUAUUUUCGACAACAUGAAACUACCGGAACACGUAACCGAAAAAUCUGAAUGGAUGACCACCACCUGCAAUCAUGCUUUAUAUGCCAUUAUUGAUGUCUUUACGCAAUACUUUGAUGUCUUGGGUCAUCUAUUGCUGGAAGACUUGUUUGCUCAGUUACAUUGGUGUGUUCAGCAAAAUAACGAGCAAUUGGCCAGAUCGGGUACGAAUUGUUUAGAGAAUUUGGUUAUAUCGAAUGGAUUUAAAUUUAAUGAAGCUACAUGGGAUAAAACCUGCCAAUGUAUUUUGGAUAUAUUUAAUGCUACGCUGCCCGGAGAGUUGUUGACAUGGCGUCCAAAUCCCCAACUACAGCAACAAAUGCAAUUACAACAGCAACCACACCACCAGACACAACAAGGUCAAGUACAAUAUCAGACAGCAGCUCAUAAUAAUCCUCAAACUCCCCACUUACGCAAAGGUUCUAAUCCACGUGCGAACGAUACUCUAAAUCGUUCAUAUUCUCAACAUUCCGUUUAUAGUAAUUCGGGAAGUUUUGAUGAUGAUCACACCCAUCAAACCCACCAUCAACACCAUCUCCAUCAACAACAUCCGCAUGCCACUCCUCAGCAUCCAAUAGUACCACAAAAUCCAGCUUUGUUUGAGAGUCUCAAUAUCAAAUGUGUUGUACAACUUGAGCUAAUACAAACUGUUGAUAACAUCAUCUUUUUCCCGGCUACUUCACGGAAAGAAGAUGCUGAAACUUUGGCGCAGGCCGCCGCAGAUUUAACAGGAAACAUAACAACACAUCCCAUGCUGGAUUGUCAACGUGAAGAACAGGGCAUGUACAGUUAUUUACGUACUCGCCAAUUACUCACUCUAGCCGAUUGUCUUAUGCAAUCGCAUCGCUUUGCUAAACGUUUUAAUGCCGACCAAGAACAACGUAAUAUUUUAUGGCGGGCUGGUUUUAAGGGUUCCAUCAAGCCGAAUUUAUUAAAACAAGAAACCGCUUCAUUGGCCUGUGUAUUAAGAAUUUUCUUUAAAAUGUAUGGCGAUGAGAAUAGACGCAGCGAUUGGCCAGGCAUUGAACAGGAAUUAGUGCAAGUGUGUAAGGAAGCAUUAACAUAUUUCCUAAGUUUACAGAGUGAAGCUCAUCGUGAUGCGUGGACAUCGCUGUUAUUGUUGAUUUUGACAAGACUACUUAAAAUGUCCGAUGCAAGGUUUGCAACGCACGUCUCUAACUAUUAUGCUUAUUAUGUGAAAUAAUGUGUUUCGAUUUGAAGCCCGAAUUACGAAGUGUCCUUAGGCGUGUUUUUACGUAUUGGUCCAGUGUUUAAUAUAUUAAAUGUAAAAUAGUGUUACUGAUACCAUAA